AUGGAUCUCUUCAAUACUACGGAAACGAACCAUUCAGAAGAGGAAACCCUCUUCCAUGCCUCAACUAAGGCAGUGACCUCGUCGACAGUUUCUAAAGUCUUUAAAAUAAUGCCAUUAACUUUUGUAAUGUUGGCAUCAGUUGCAGGAAAUUCCAUCGUUAUUCAUGCAGUCUAUGCUGACAUUCGGAUGAGAACAGCAACCAACGUUUUGAUUGUGAGCCAAAGUGUUGUGGAUCUAGGCACAAGCGUUCUAGUUAUUCCUUUCGCCCUGGUAUCUGUUGGAUGCGACGGGUGGAUCUUUGGGGUUGAGUUUUGCGCUGCGAACGGAUUCUUCAACUUGUACUUCACGCAGAUAACUGUCCUGCAGCUGGUUAUUAUUGCAUUUGACAGGUAUCUAGUGAUUGUAAAACCCUCGUACCGCGCAAUUAAUCUAAAGGACGCCAUAAAACUAACUUCGGUUGCUUGGAUAGUCAGUUUUCUUGGAUCAUUCCCAUGGCUUCCCUUACUAACCAAUCACGUGCGAGUGGAGUAUUUUCAUGGUUUCUACGUGUGCGCAAAACGUUAUUCUCACCCUGUUCUUGGUGCGCAAUUAUUUUCUGUGGUUUUUGUGAUAACAGUUUUCGCAGUCCUGCCGUUGUUUUUCAUAUUUUACAGUUAUUACCACAUUAACAGGGUAAUCCAUUUAAACAAACACAGAGUCUCCCCUGUGUCGCUCUCGAACGCUCAGAAGAUGGCGAUCAACGUUUACGCGAAGUCAGCAUCUACAUCAAAAACUGUGAUCGGAACAAGUCUACUUCAAGUUUUCCCAGCGUGCUUUAUGAUGCUAUUGGACGGUUUGCAGGUUGGUCGUUUUCCGGAUGAUGUCAAAACAGCUGCUAAGUGGAUAAUGUGGUGUCACUGUGCAGUUAAGCCAAUUAUAUACGCGACGAAAAGCCGAAUGUGGGCAAAAACUAUUCGCAAAUACCUUUUGCUGUUUCCGUUAGUCUCAGCAUUGUCUAGAAUGGAUUUAGAAAUGGCACCGCUUUCCAAGGUCGCGGAUCGUGUCAAAAAUUAUAGACUUUCACGACGAAUACACUCUGUGGAAGGGAACGAAAAUGAUACAACUGGAACAUUACAACAAACUUCUCAGGAAAGGACAAAAAAAUCAACGUGGUUUAAUGACAUGAAAAACGCCUGGCAGGUUGAAGAACAAAAUGAUUUUUGUGAGUUUUGA